UGCAGUAAUGACUCCGCCCACUUUGAGGAGGUACUAUAUUGUAGUGGAAAACCAACCGAACCAUGCUGUGCAGUGAGGAGACGAGCUGGGACUGAGGUGGAAAAGUGGCUCUUGUUGUGUGUGUGUGAAUGUAAUGUUGUUUUUGUCAGGCUUCCUUCUUCUUCUGAACGAUAGGUGAUGAGUUGAUGAUGCAGGAGAAGACCCCACUGACACAGGACUCGUACCGAACAAAGGGAUUUUAUUUAGUCACAAGUCAGGCGUCAGAACCAAGCUCUGCAGCAGCUCAGGAGAAUGUGUUCUUGCCGAAUCUCCGAACAAUUCUGCCUCAGAAAAGCAAAACUAACAUUAUAUAGAUUCUCUAGCCUUCCUAUUUGCGGGAAUCACAUGUUUGGACCCCCGCCUUUCUCCUGUUUCCAUAAUGCAACAGACUUGUAGAACAAGUCGGGUCCAGAUAUACCAUACUGUCCCAUGAUCUUUAAAUUGGACAAUAUCACCAUUUAGUCAAACAAGAGACAUCUAUAUUUCCUAACUAACCAUAUAUCCAAGACAGACCCUCACGCUUCCUGUCCUAUACAGGAUGCCUAUUGUACAACGUAUGGUCUGACUUGUCAUGUGUCCCAGAGACCCUCUUGUCUCAUGUUUACUUAUUAAUGUCAAUCAUCAAUACAUUUAAGUAUUAAACUUUAGCUGUGUUAAUAUGUUCUUCUUAGUUCAUAUACUUCAACAACAAACAAACAAACAAAUAAACAAACAAACAAACACUGCUCAUCGAAACUGUUAUAGCUUGACUUUGUGCUCGGACAGUAAACCUGUCUGUCUCACUCACACCGGGGUGCAGAUGGAGAGUCUGGCCGGACGCUGCUCCUUUAAGACCUCGCGUGGUCAGCAGCUCCUCAUCCCGCUCUCCGUCUGCCAGCGUCUGUCAGUGCACGCGUUCAAACUUUGACUGGGGAACACAGAGGCAGCAGUGGAAGAGGCUGCUGCAGCUGCUGCGCCCCGCCGGGAAACACGAGACGGAGGAGCGGCGCGGAGCAGCGUGGACCAGCGCGGUGCGGAGCGGUGCGGAGCGGAGCGGAGCGGCGAGCAUCAUCUGCAGGCGGCGGCGGCAGCGGUGGGGGGGAGUGUUCGGCUUCUGAUCACAAGAUGAGAACAAAAGGAAAAGAUGAGUUAGCAACUUAGAUAUAAGCAGGUGAAUGUAACACAGUGGGGAACGGCUGCAGCCUCCUCCUCCUCCUCCUCCUCCUCUUCUUCAGCCAUGCCGCUUGUCAUGCGCACGCUGCUGUUCGGCUUUGUUACACUGGUUCUGGUUCUGAUCAUUGAUGAUAUCGCACAAGUGGAGGAAGAAACAGCGAAUACUGGACAUUCAAAGCACUCACAGAGGCCGAUGCCCAAACCACACAGAAAGGCUGCAGCUCAUGUGGAAACCACAGCUUUGACAAGUGUGAGCACAAAGAAAAAUCCUCACCGUCCAUCGUACAGGAACACUGCCAACCUCUCAUCAAGCACCUGGACCUUCAACAAGACUCUCUCCAACGUCAUCAGGAAAAACAUCCUGAGAUUCCUGGACCCAGAGAGAGACAUCUCAAUACUGAAGGGCACUCUGAAGCCAGGAGACGUCAUCCACUAUGUUUUUGAUCGACAAAGCACAACAACCAUCUCUGAAAACCUCUACCGUCUGUUGCCAGCUGUCUCUCCCAUGAAGAACCAACAUCAUGGACGUUGUGCCAUUGUGGGAAAUUCUGGGAUCCUUCUGAACAGCAGCUGUGGACCCGAGAUUGACUCGCAUGACUUUGUUAUCAGGUGUAAUCUGGCUCCAGUGGAGGAAUUCUCUCAGGAUGUGGGGACACAGACCAACCUGGUGACCAUGAACCCCUCGGUAGUGCAGCGGGCCUUCCAGGACCUGGUCAGUAAAGAGUGGAGGGAUCGCUUCCUGCGUCGGCUGCAGAGCCUCCGUGGCAGCGUGCUGUGGAUCCCAGCCUUCAUGGCCAAGGGGGGGGAGGAGCGCGUGGAGUGGGCCCUCCGUCUCAUCCUGCUGCACACUGUGGACGUACGCACCGCCUUUCCCUCACUGCGCCUUCUCCAUGCUGUCAGAGGGUACUGGUUAACCAACGAUGUCCACAUCAAGCGUCCGACCACAGGCCUCCUCAUGUACACGCUGGCCACUCGUUUCUGUGACGAGAUCCAUCUUUAUGGUUUCUGGCCCUUUUCUCUCGACCCCGAUGGGAAACCUGUCAAAUAUCACUACUACGAUGCUCUGAAAUACGAGUACACGUCCAGGUCGAGUCCACACACUAUGCCUUUAGAGUUCAGAACGCUGAGCACGUUGCAUAGACAGGGGGCGCUGCAGCUCCACACCGGCAGCUGUGGUGCAGACAGGAAACCUCAGGACUAACAGCAGGAAGCCUCAGUCCUGGGUGGUCGACUGAGACGUUUCUCUACUUUUAUAAAACUUGAAGUAACUUCUCUUUUUGUCGAUUUCAAACUCAUUUCUCAUGAUGAAAUUUCUAUGGCAAAUAUUGCAGCCAGUUUUUGAAUAAGUACUCUUAUAGUGUUUUAUAAGAUUUGAGGAUAAAAGCCCAGAUUUCUGUUUUUAGAUUUGUUAUCAAACACUGGAAACUGUUUUUUCAUUUUAUUUUUUGUUUUUAUGCAGAAUGUCAGCGUUUAGAGCUCCUGAAUGUAAAAAGCUUAAUGUGAGUCAGCAUUUAAUCCAGGGACAGAAUUAAAUGUGGCUCAGCUUUUUAAACCAUUUAACUUUAAUAUGAUGAACCCUUUUGAAUGUGCUCUUUUUGUUAGAGCUGAUGAUACUGAUGAUACUGAUGAUACUAAUGAUACUGAUGAUACUGAUGAUACUAAUGAUACUGAUGAUACUGGUGAUACUGAUGAUACUGAUGAUACUGGUGAUACUAAUGAUACUGAUGAUACUAAUGAUACUGAUGAUACUAAUGAUAAUGAUGAUACUGGUGAUACUGAUGAUACUAAUGAUAAUGAUGAUACUGAUGAUACUGGUGAUACUAAUGAUACUGAUGAUACUAAUGAUACUGGUGAUACUAAUGAUACUGGUGAUACUGAUGAUACUGGUGAUACUGGUGAUACUAAUGAUACUGAUGAUACUGGUGAUACUGAUGAUACUAAUGAUACUGGUGAUACUGGUGAUACUAAUGAUACUGGUGAUACUAAUGAUACUGGUGAUACUGAUGCUACUAAUGAUACUGGUGAUACUAAUGAUACUGGUGAUACUGAUGAUACUGGUGAUACUAAUGAUACUGGUGAUACUGGUGAUACUAAUGAUACUGGUGAUACUAAUGAUACUGAUGAUACUGGUGAUACUAAUGAUACUGGUGAUACUAAUGAUACUGAUGAUACUGAGGAUACUAAUGAUA